AUGGACUUGGUCACGGGUGCGUUGAGCUUGCUCCCCUCCAAGCUGCUGGAGCUGCUCAAGGACGAGUACAAGCUGCAGAAGGGCGUUAGGGAACAAGUGCAGUCCCUUUCCUGGGAGCUUGAGAGCAUGCACGCCGCCCUCCGCAAGGUGGCGGCAGUGCCAUGGGACCAGCUCGACGAGCAGGACAAGGUCUGGGCGCGCGAGGUCAGGGAGGCAUCCUACGACAUGGAAGAUAUACUCGACACCUUCCUCGUGCGUGUCGACGGCCAAGAACAGGCUGAUCCGAGCAAGUUCAAGCACGCCAUGAAGUACAUGGGAGACCUGUUCAGCAAGGGCAAGGCUCGACAUGAAAUUUCUUGCGCCAUUGAAGAUAUCAAGAAGCAACUUGAGGAUAUAACAGAGCGGCGUAAAAGGUAUAGGGUCGAUGAUCUUGUGGCCAAGCCUGCUGCUACAACAAGUAUUGAUCCACGGAUCUCGGCUCUGUACACAAAAGUGUCACAGCUGGUGGGCAUAGGAAAGCCAAGGGAUAAGGUUGCAAAACUGCUGACAUCAAUAGCGGAAGACAUGGAGACGAAGAUAGUCUCUAUUGUUGGGUUUGGUGGGUUAGGCAAGACUACUCUUGCUAAAGCUGUGUAUGAGAAUCUUAGUCAGGAUGUCCGUUUCAAGGCUUUUGUUCCUGUUGGCCGGAAUCCAGACUUGAAAACAGUCUUAAAGGACAUUCUUAUUGAUCUGGACAAGCAACGUUACACCACCGAAUUAAAUUUGACAAUAUUGAAUGAAAGGCAGCUAAUCGAUGAACUUCGAGAGUUCCUCAAGGAUAAGAGGUACUUCAUUGUUAUUGAUGACAUAUGGGAUGUACCAUCGUGGAACAUAAUAAGAUAUGCUCUGUAUGACAAUAGCUUGGGAAGCAAAAUAGUCAUAACUACCCGCAAGCAUGAUGUUGCCAUGAAAGUUGGUUGUUCUUAUAACAUGGAACCCCUUCCCUAUGAGAGUUCUAAAGAAUUAUUCUAUGGGAGAAUAUUUGGCUCUGAACAGAAAUGUCCUAAAAAAUUUGUGGAAAUAUCUGAAGGCAUAAUUAAGAAAUGUAGAGGCGUGCCAUUAGCUAUCAUUACCACAUCAAGUUUUUUGGCAAAUAAGUUGGGAAAUAUAAAAGAGUGGUAUGAGUUUUGUGAGUCUAUUGGUUCCGGACUUGGAGGCAAUUCUGAUAUGGAAAACAUGAGAAAGAUAUUAUCUCUUAGCUAUUAUGAUCUACCAGCUCAUCUGAAGACCUGCUUAUUAUACUUAAGUGUAUUUCCAGAAGACUAUGAGAUUAACAGUGGGCGGCUGAUAUGGAGGUGGAUAGCUGAAGAUUUUGUUCCACCUGGAGAAGGGGGCCAAAGUUUAUUUGAGCUUGGACAGAGUUACUUCUAUAAGCUUAUAAAUCGAAGCCUGAUCCAGCCAGCACAGAUGGAUAUGGAUGGUAUGCCUUUGGCUUGCCAUGUCCAUGAUAUGGUGCUUGAUCUCAUUUGUUCCCUGUCAAGAGAAGAAAAUUUUGUUGCAACUAUAUUAGGUGACACCAAGCAAAACACAUCAUCUUGGGGAGGCAAGGUUCAUAGGUUGUCCCUCCAUAAUACUACUUGGCCUACGUUGGACAUGUCAAAACUAAGGUCACUUACUAUCUUCAAUGGUGCUAUAAUUAAUCCGGUGCCAUCCCUUUCAUGCCAUCGUCUUCUUCGUGUAUUGGAUCUCAAUGGCUGCAAUCUUGGGGACCAUCAAAAUUUGAGUUUUGUUGGGAGCUUAUUUCACCUGAGGUAUCUAGGGAUAAGAGGUACUGGAUAUGAUGGUGAGCUCCCAUUGGAGAUCGGGAAGCUACAGGUUCUGCAGACAUUGAGCUUGUCUGGAACUAAUUGUAUAGAAUUGCCAUCGAGUAUUGCUGGGCUAAAACGAUUGAAGUGUCUGGAUCUUGAUUGGAAUAUAUGCCUGCCAGAUGGAUUGAGGAAUCUAACAUCGUUAGAAGUGAUAUGGUGUGCAAUUGUUGAUUCUGCGCACAUUGUAGAAGAGCUAGGCCAUCUGACGCAACUGAGGAUCCUUACUGUCCAGCUGAAAUUGGGCAAGGAAACAGGAUGUGAUGAUGAGGGCAUAUGCAAAGCUUUAGUGGAGUCCCUAGGUAAACUGCAAAACAUCCGACAUCUAGCAAUAAGCUCAGACGGCGGGGUGAUGAAUCUUGAAGGCUCGCUGGAGUCCCUACGCAACCUGUCCUACCUUCGUAUUGAACAAACUAGUUUGUUGCCCACAUGGAUUUAUCCUGGAUCGCUUCUCCUUCUAUCCUCCCUGGAUAUUAUGGUGGCUCAGGUGCGAAGGGAGGACAUCCACGUCCUCGGGAUGCUGCAGGCUCUUCGUAUUCUGGUAGUCCGUGUGUCCGGUAACAACAUACAAGUGCUGGGAAGGUUCGUGGUUGGCCCUGAUGCCUUCCCAUGCGCAAGAGUGUGCAGAUUCUAUGGUUUUCAAACUGUGCCGUCUAUGUUCCCACGAGGAGCUAUGCCCGGGCUUGAAGAUUUUGAAUUCUGGAUCCGCCUGCAGGAUUUUUUCCAAGGUGAAUUUACUACCGAUGACCUGUCCCUGGACCACCUCCCGUACCUUCGGAGAGUGUCUGUCUAUCUUCAUCGUGGAAAGGAAAAGAUCGACGAGGAGAUGGAAAUGAAACUGAAAGAGAAGCUGAGGCAAGAGGCGGAUGACCACCCCAUCCACCCUUCCGUUAAUUAUAUUUUUUUCGGUUGA